GCAUCGUCGGAGUCAAGCUGCAGUAGUGGCUCACAUACUUAUUAUCUUCACUAAUAAUAGUAUAAAUGCUCUCUGCAGUUACUAGUAGAUUCAAACAUUUCCUUUGGGGUAAUUCUCAUGUAAAAGAGACUCGUAAACGAUCGUUGGAAGAAGAGAGUGAAGAAGAAGAAAGUUCCGGGUUCGGUGAGGGAGAGCCGGCCCCAAAGAAAAGUCGUCUCCUCACCGUGAAUCAUGACCCACCAAUAAACCGCUCCUAUUCGCAGAUUGGCAGUAAAUUCUGUGUGGGCAUCACCAAGGUGUACUCUUUCAUAUCAGGUCUUUCAUCUCCACUGUUCAGCUCAAAAGAUAUGACAGACUCACCAGAUUCAUCUGGCCAAAGUUUGAGGGUGAAUGUGGGUGGCUCCAGGAAGAGCAGCAGAGGCAAAGGACUAGCUGAGAGCACCACAACUGCUGGAGAACACUUCACAAGAGACAAAGACCCAGGUCCCUCAGGACUGGAUCUCACAUCAAGCUUGAUGACAAAUGACGAUGAUAUCCAGUUCUUGGGGGCAAGUUCAAGAACUGGCUACACCGAUGCACCAACCAAGCGACCAGCCUUGGGCCGCCGAGCUACUGCACCAGAACAUAGUCAACCUCCAGUGCCCUCCAUCAACCCCAACUUCCGUUUUAGCCCCACCGUCAGUCCUAUAGCACCACAGGCCCCACCUGAUCUCACACUUAGACCAUCCUCUAAGGAGCCAAGUUGGUUCAAGAAUUCAUUGGCUGGUCGAAAAGUUUCCUACCUCAAUAAAAAGCCGGGAUCUCUCGGCAGAAACCCCAUCAAAAGUCUUAAUGAGAAAUGCUAUGGCAUUCAGAAGAAGAAACAAAUACGAAGCACAUUCCUGUUUCAUAGAGGCAACUCAUGUGCUGAAGAGAGUUUUCGGUAUGAAGAUAAGGCAAACUACCAGCAGUUGCUGCAGCAGUACACAGAGAGCUCAGUCUUGCCCUCCAGCUCCUCCAACAGCACAAGCCCAAUCGCAUGCAUUACACGAUCCCGAUUUAAUUCCUUUUGGACUGAUGAAAAGCGGCGACAACUUGAAGACACUUUAAGUGCUUCAAGGCUUUCAAGUACACUUGCUGUAGAUGCAACAGCCUCAAGUGAUCUGGCCACAGAGAAAAAAUCCUCGACGUCUGACAUCCUGUUAGUGGACUUGGUGAGAGCAGAGAGUACAGUUGCUACAGAUUCUGAGACUGACAGCGUGAUCUUCGUUAAAGAGCUGACAAAACCAGUAUCACGGAGCAACUCCCUUGAGUCAAUCAUCCAAGAAUCUCCUGUCUAUAACACCGACUGGCUCAAGAGUCUGCGUGAAAAAUAUGGGAAUCGCUCCAGAGCUGCAAGUGAUGAGGCAGAACUUGCUGCUGAAAUGCAGAAAAGGUUUGAGGAAAGGCGGGCGAAGUGCCACUCAUCCCUAGAGGACCGCAUCACUCAUAGGAUGAAGUUCUUGGAUCUGACAUUCCCUUCUAAGGUUGAGGAGAUACAGCCAGAGGAAGAAGAGGAAGAGGAGGAGGAACUUGUACCACUUACUUCUCAGAUGGAGGAUGUGAUUGACAAUGCCCUACAGAGGUCCCGUGAUACGCAGAAGGUGCUCAUUGAAAAAUUCAACAUUCAAAUCACCCGUCGUGAUAUCGCCACACUAUCAGGCCUGAACUGGCUGAAUGAUGAGGUGAUCAACUUCUACAUGAACUUGCUGGUGGACCGUGGGAAGAAUGACAACUAUCCGAGUGUAUAUGCAUUCAACACUUUCUUCUACCCCAAGUUGGUCAAGACUGGCCACCAGUCAGUCAGAAGGUGGACUAAAAAAGUUGAUGUGUUCAGCUACAACCUGCUGCUGGUACCAGUCCACCUGGGAAUGCAUUGGUGUCUGGCUACCAUAGACUUCAGGGACAAGGCCAUCCGGUACUAUGACUCUAUGCUCGGGGACAACCACCGAUGCCUGGAGGCUCUUCUAAAAUACCUGCAAUCUGAGCAUCUGGACAAGAAAUCAACUGAUUAUUACACAAGAGACUGGACACUGGAGAAUAUUAAAGAUAUACCCCAACAGAUGAAUGGAUCAGACUGUGGAAUGUUUGCCUGCAAAUUUGCCGAGUACUUAUCACGCAAUGCUCUUAUAACUUUCGACCAGCAGCACAUGCCCUACUUCAGGAGAAGAAUGGUAUAUGAGAUUGUCUGUGGUGCAUUAUUAUAGUAAAAGGUCAAGAUUUUAACAUUAAAGACAAAAACAAAGAAGUUGAUAAGAAGUUAAGUUGUAUCAUGUGUGGUGUUCAGUCUUAUCCUCCAUUGUUGUCGACAUCCAGAUCCAAGCAGGAAGGUGUAAACAUAAUCUUGUAUCAAGACAAAUACUACAGAUUGAUUCCUCAUGAUAAAUUUAGGUUUGAUGAAAUACUCCUAUGCCUUUAUAUAACAAAACUUAAUAUUUUUUUUCCUGGCUACUGUGUACGUGUGUGUGUGCAUACGUGCAUUUUUUUAUGUUAUAGUGUUAGAAAAAUGUAGUUACCAGUUUUAUCCAGUCGUGUAACAAAUUAUCUUAUUGGCAUUAUCACAGUGAAGAAAAUAGUCACAGCCAGAGCACUUGAGGUUGAAAUUGAGAAAGUAGGUAGUAGGUAGUAGGCAGCUAUCAAACAGGGAGGUACUACCAUCUGGGAAGAUAUUGGAAGCAUAAUGUGUUAUCUAAUGGUAGACCCCUGCUGCCAUAUGGCAUCACAAAA